AUGGGUCACUCCGCCGGUCUCAGAGCGGGCACUCGCUAUGGUCAGUCAUACAAACAUCUUGCAAGAGGAGAAUUGGAGCGUGGGAACACUUAGGCAGAAUACGAUGGAUUGAGGCGAUGGAAGAGCAUGUGCUAACAACUCGCGACAGCCUUCGCCCGUGGUUUCAAGAAGACUGGUAUGAUCCGGCUCUCUACCUACCUCAAGAACUACCAUGUCGGAGAUAUCGUCGAUGUUGUUUGCAACGGUGCCGUCCAGAAGGGCAUGGUACGUCAAUCCCAAAGAACAGAUUGUAUCAGGACAUAUAUGUUCGCGGAGGAUGCUCCAUAGUGGCAUAAAAAAGAGCAGGGCUGACGGUAUAUACAGCCAUACAAGGUCUACCACGGAAAGACUGGUGUUGUCUACAACGUGACCAAGUCAGCCGUCGGUGUCAUCCUCUACCGCCAGGUCGGCAACCGCUACAUCGAGAAGCGCAUCAACGUCCGCACCGAGCACGUCCGCCACUCGCGAUCUCGGGACGAGUUCAUCAACCGUGUCAAGGAGAACGCGGCCAAGAAGCGCAAGGCCAAGGAGAGCGGCGAGCACCUCCACCUCAAGAGACAGCCCGCCAUGCCCCGCGACGCCCGGACUGUCAGCGCCAAGGACAACAAGCCAGAGAGCAUCGCCCCGAUAGCAUACGAGACGUACAUCUAG